GCCAAUCCAUCUACAAAAUGAAUAAAUGAACCAUGCUAUGCACAUAUCAUGUCAUUUGGCUUUUGGAAUGACAUCUCAUCCUCCUGACUGGGCCAUAAGGAAGAAGGAGCUGGAAGAAACCUGUAGAUUGUGUAAAGUGUAAUAAAGGAAUAAACAAUGAAUCAAAAUGUGACUGAGUUCAUCCUUCUUGGAUUCAUGGAUCACCCGGAGCUUCAGGUGCCCCUCUUCAUGCUGUUUCUUAUCAUCUAUCUUACCAGUCUGGUGGGGAAUAUUGGGAUAAUCAUAUUGACCAAGAUAGAUGCUCAGCUACACACUCCCAUGUACUUUUUUCUCAGAAACCUCUCCAUUGUAGACAUUGGCUAUUCUACUGCAAUUGGCCCCAAGUUGCUGGCAACCUUUGUGACUGAGGGUAAAAGCAUUUCCUUCACAGGAUGUGCUGUGCAAUUUUACUUUUUUGCUCUCUUUAUCACCACUGAAGGCUGUCUUCUGGCUGUGAUGGCAUAUGAUCGUUUCAUAGCCAUCUGCAACCCGUUGCUCUACUUCGUGAUUAUGUCUAAGAAAUUUUGCACCAUAUUACUGGUAGGAGCAUAUACCUGUGGUUUUGCAAGUUCUUCUGUUCAAACCAUUUUGAUAUUUCGUUUAUCUUUCUGCAAUUCAAACAUCAUUAAUCAUUUUUUCUGUGAUGUUCCCUCAAUGCUUAAGUUAUCCUGUUCAGAUAUCCAUGUCACUCACACUGUACAUUUCAUUUUAUCCACUAUAAUUGCACUGACUACUUUUUUGAUUGUCUUGAUCUCUUACAUUGCCAUUGUUUUUGCCAUCCUAAAGAUCCACUCUGCCCAGGGUAAAUUCAAAGCCUUCUCCACCUGUGCUUCCCAUCUAACCACUGUUACCAUUUUCUUUGGAACCAUCAUGUUCAUGUAUAUUCGCCCUGGUUCCAAUUUCUCAGUGGAUCAGGACAAAAUUGUAUCUAUGUUUUACACACUUGUGAUUUCCUUUCUCAAUCCACUAAUCUACAGCCUUAGGAACAAAGAUGUAAAGGAUGCUGUGAACAGAAUAGCAGGCAGGGUAAUUCACUGA